AUGUCUUCGCCCGAUGGAGCGAGCGCGGGCCGCCCGCGACGGGCCUCGUCCGCCGCAACCACCGUCGACCCCGUCAUGCGCAACGCCCUGCGGUAUACCGUCUCGCCGCGCGAGUACGCCGCGCUGCACAAGUACAUCAUUGCGCGCUCCAAGACGCUGCGCCGCAACGCGCCCACGCCCGCCGCCGUCGAAAAGGCGCUGGCCCCGACGCCGGCGAGCGCCGCGAGCGACUACAAUGCCAAGGCUGUGCGGCAUGCCCUGCGCGUCUUUGUGACGUCCUGGGUCGGCAUGAAAGGAUACGAAUUUGUCUCCAAGAAGCUCUCCAAAGAUAGCACGCCCGCCAAGAAGACACCAUUUUACAAGUCGCCCGCUCUCCGACUCUCCCUCUCGCUGUCGAGCAUCCUCUUCCUCUACCGUCUGCUCUUCCGCUUCCUCACGCGUCUCCGUGUCCAUCUCAUGGAGCCUUCGGUCGAGCCGUUUCGCCGCCGCAACCCGCGCACCGCCGCGGCCCUCACGUCGCCCUACGCGCCGGCCGUCGGUGCCUCCUUUGCCGGCCUGGCCCUUGGCAUCUACCCCUCGCCGCCGGUGCGCGCUGGUGUCGCCCUCUGGCUGCUCUUCAAGGCGCUCGAGUACAGCUGGGAUCUUGCAGAGGGUGAAGGCAUGAUAUGGGGCAUGAAGCAGGGCAGGAAGCGUGAGCGGCCAUGGUGGUUUGGCAGCUGGCUGCUCCAGCCCUUGGCCUUUGGCCAGCUGCUCCAUGCGGCUGUCUUUGACAAGGAUUGCUUCCCUGAUAGCUACGGAAAGUUUAUCUGGGGCAAUUCGCCGGUGUACCUGCACGGCCGCCCAGAGGGCUACCCGACGAACCUCAAGUGGCCAAGCAGGGACGAGGUCGUCACGAGUCUGUCUGAAAUGGCACGCCUAAACUGGCCUGCUUACAUCUCGCCAACCAUGUUCCCUAACAAGAAGAACAUUCUUCCACCCACAGUCACGGCCGUGUCGCCUCUUACCUCCCAGGCACAUCCACUCAUCACAUCACUGUCCUGCGCAGCCCUUCAUCCCAGCGACCCGUCAUGCACCCGCACAUAUCUGACCUUUUGGCUCAAGUCGUUCCCGCCUAUGGCACGUUUCUUUGUCCUCUUCUACUCCGCAAUGACCAUCAUCCCUGGCUUCCGCCGCUUCUACCACAGCCCCAUCACCGGCCUGCAGCACAUCCUUUCGCGCUCGACACGCAUGACCGCCUUUGCCACCGGCUCGCUCUCGACUGCAUGGGCCUCCAUCUGCUUCUUCCAGACCUACCUACCUCGUCACCUGCUGGCGACUCAGCGCUUCUUCCUCGGUGGCUUCUUCGCCGGCUUGUGGGCGUGGAUCGAGCGCAAGCACGGCCGCAUGGCAUUCCUCUACAGCGCUCGUGCAAGUGUCAACUCCCUCUGGAAGGUGGGCGUUAAGAGACGUUGGUGGCGCGCCAUGAAGGGCGGCGACCUCUGGGUCUUUGUCCUUGCCCUCAUGAUUACUGGUGUCGUCUACGAGCGUGAUGCCAAGGCUAUCCAGCAGAACUCAUUCCGCAAGGGUGUCAGCUGGGUCCGUGGUGAAGGCUGGAGAGACUGGGCUAUUGAAGAAGACGAGGAGGAGACCAAGGAGAAGGACGAGUAG